GAUGCUCACUAAUUAGAAUAAUUAUAUUGAUUUCACCACGUUUUACUCGCGUUUUACCCAGAAAUUUACCAGCCAAGAUCUGGAGCCCCAAUUAUCAUCAGUACAAUGGCAGCUCCCAAAGCAAGGACGGGGCUAGUGAGCUAUGGUGGCGAUUCUGAGGUGUCAGAUAGUGACAUAGAAGAAGACAGCAUGUCAUCUACCAACUCUCCACCCAGCACUUUAUUCCUUCCUGAAGUCAUGGCCAACAGUCUAGGAAUAUCGGCUCCCUCUUCUAAAUCUCGUACCCCUUCCUCUCCUCCCUCAUUUGUGAAGCCAGUGGUACGAUCAGCCCCUCUCGUGGCGUACUAUGGUGAAGAAGAUGAUGAGCAUAAUGUAUCGUCAGAGAUGGACACCACCUUGGGCGUAAACGAAGUCUUCCCUCCAUCAGAACCACAUCAAGAUGACACGCAAGAGUCAGCAGAUAUUGAAGAAACUUUUUCGUUUGAGUUAGUGGAUGAAACACAACCAGCAGAAGACGACUCCUCUCCAGAGCUAGAAAUAGAGGAGGAUAACCAACCUCCAUUGAAUGGCCCCAUCUUCCUACCACUGAACAAUGUUUUUCUACCACCAGAACCGACUGCACCUUGCUCCAAGGCCCUGCAGGAGAAGGUCAAGAUGUUGCUUCAAAAACAAGCCGUGCUCGGAAUUGAUGUGAACAAAACAAUACAAGGGAGAAAAGACUUUCGAAAUCCAAGUAUCUACAAGAAACUAAUUGAAUUUAGCAAUUUGGAUGAAUUUGGCACAAAUUACCCGGAGCACUUACACAAUCCCCACGAAUGGAGCGAAGAUGAUUACUAUGACAACCUGUCAAAGGCACAAAAGAAAGCGUACGAGAAGAAAGAGAGAGCGAAAUUGGAGAGAGGUAAACUUGAAUUUGUGACCGGAACAAAAAGAAGCACCUCUGGACAAGGACUGCUAGGAACACAUCCUUCAACAGAUCAGACUAAGAAACGGCGAACAAAAUGGGACUCUGGUGGUAGUCGUGGUACCAGUCCAACUGGGGGACGCCCCCCUUUAUUGGGGGCGGGACCUGUAGGUGCUCAAGCAAAGGUUCAAGCUAGUCUCAUGAACAUUACAUAACGCUCUACCAUUCAUGUAUCUCUUGUCCGUCAAAAUUCAGAGUUUAUGUUAAAAAAUUA